AUGGAGGGGAGUUCCCUCUGCAACUUGAACAAGCACUCGCCCUCCUCCCAACACCAACAAACGCGCAUCGUCACCAUUGUCCAACAGCCAGCCUUUUCAGUCGCCCUUCAUUACACCGGACAUCAUCCCAGCCUUCUUCAUUUGGAUCAAUACCCCUACGGUAGUCAGACUUCUGGUCUACUAUUAGACCCAAGUCAUGGAUGGGCCAGGACGGCUGAGGAGUCUUUACCUCUGGCUCCGCAGGUCGACUGCCGACAGCUUCCCAGGGCCCCACGAACCCCGGGGAAACAGGAGAAAGGAAAGAGAAAAAGAACAGUCCUUGGACAGCCAAAAGUCAGCACCCUGUUCUUCGUUAAUUGGUGUCGACUUAAUCUACGUCAAGGCGCCUGUAAGGGGUAUGUGUGCUUCUCCUGGGUCAGGACGAUGUGA